UCGAUAUUUUUAUGCAGCCCUGGCACCACUGACACACGAAGUUUGACAGCGAAUCCAUUCCACGUCACGAACCACCGAGAAAGCGGCCGCUUGCUACGACUGCUGUUUAGUUGCAUUGAAAUACUCGAGAAAGAUAUAACCCAAGUCCAAAAUGUUUAAGAACCUGCUGGCUUUGUUCGCGCUGUGCGCGGUGUUUAGCACCUGCCUGUCGGAGGACGAGACCCGUGCCCGUCUUCUGGUCUCCAAGCAGAUCCUGAACAAGUACCUGGUGGAGAAGAGCGACCUGUUGGUGCGCUACACCAUCUUUAACGUGGGCAGCGGUGCCGCCACCAAGGUGCGAUUGGUAGACUCCGGCUUCCACCCGGAGGCCUUCGACGUUGUCGGGGGACAGCCCACUGCCGUGGUCGACAGGAUCGCUCCCCAGACCAACUUCACCCAUGUCCUGGUGGUGAGGCCCAAGGCCUUCGGCUACUUCAACUUCACCGCCGCAGAGGUGUCCUACAAGGCUGUCGAGGAGUCGGAGACGCUCCAACUGGCGAUCAGCUCCGAGCCCGGUGAGGGUGGAAUUGUCAACCUUAACGAGUACAACAAGCGCUUCUCCUCCCACUUCUUUGACUGGGUGGCCUUCGCCGUGAUGACUCUGCCCUCCCUAGCCAUUCCUCUGGGUCUGUGGCACCAGUCCAAGAGCAAAUACGAGCGCUCUGGAAAGAACAAGAAGCACUAAGCUGCAGAACGGAUGUUUUCCUCACCACCAAGAGAUUUCUUUGCAAAGACCCAUUACAAAUUCCGUAUAUAUUUUGUUGCUUUAGUUUCAAAUUGAUUCCAUGCGUUGUUCAUCUAUUCAACCCACACCUAAUUUACUCCAGUCUGGGACUGUCGUCUGGAGACGGGCGUUAAAUCGUUUUAGAUUUGAUUCGAGGACGCAUUGAGUAAAAAGUGAAUAAAACAAGUCCAUCAAUGUUAAGCUUAGGCUGCUUUUCUAAAUAAAUUAAAUAAAAUAUAAA